AUGCUCAAUUCCCAAACCAAAAAAAAAUUGCUUAAACUCUUCAAUAAAUUAGAAGAGUCUGAAAUUCAUUCUGAAUCACUUAGAUAAAUUCUCUGUUCAUAAGAAGAGUUUGAACCCUAUUCAGUUUUUAAGAAAAUUUCCAAUAAUGGAUAUAUAAGCUGCUAAGAGAUUUAUCAUCUAUUACAAUAAAAUGGAUUGAUAGUACAGCUAGAAUAGGUGACUCCAAUAAUAAAAUGGUAUUCAUAGAAAUGUGAUAAUCGACUUACAUAUGGUGAUUUUUUAUAAAUAGUCCUUCCAGCCAAUAAUCUCGAGUUAAGAUAAUUAGUAUCACAAAAGCCAACUUUCUCUAAAGAAAUAUCUUAUGAAAUAGAGUAUGGAGUGUGUAGAAUAUUUUACAAAGAAGUUCAAAUUGCUGAUGAAAUUCAACCUUAUAAAUAGGAUCUAAUUUAAACUCCAGAUUUUGAUAUUAGGAUGGCUUUUCAAACUAUUGAUCAAUUCAAUUCUGGAUUCAUUUAAAUGGAUCUAUUAGAACACUUUGUUAAUAGAGACUGUAAUGCCUUGAUGAGAAGAUUAGAUUAAAAUAGAGAUAGUUAAAUAGAUCUUGAAGAUUUCAGAAUAGCUCUAGAAGCUCAAUAUGGAAAUGUUCACUCUUCAAAAUCAACAACAACAUCUACUGUGACUUCAAUUAAAUAGAUAGAAGUUUAAAAUCAAUUCCCAAAUAGGAGAGCUAAAUAAAGUGUAGCUAAACAUAUUGAUAGAAAUAAAAAGAUAGUAUAAUAAAAAAAAGUUUAAUGUUAUGAUAUGGAUUAUUUAGCUGAAGCCCUAAAAAUAAUUUCAGAAUUAGAAUUUGAAAAUGAAUUUAGAAAAGAAGAGUUGGGUUAUCUUUAAUAUGAUUUUUUAGAACUAUUUUCCUUUUUUGAUUAAGAUAAAACUGGUAAGUUAGCUCCUGGAGAUGUUAAAGCAGCCUUAGAAGAGUUGGAAAUAUAUCCAACUCAAUCAUAGUUGUAUUUAUGGAUGAAACGAUAUGAUAUUGAUAGAGAUGGUAAAUGGAAUAUCAGAGAAUUCUUAGCUGCAUUCAAACCAAUCAAUUAUUAGAAAAUUAAUAUUAGAUAGCUUGAUAAAGAAAUACUUAAUGCAGUAAAGAAUGUUAUCAAAACUGAAAUUGAGAAUGAAGUUGCCAUUGAAUGUGUUAAAAAAAAACUAUCUCAAAGACCUAAUUUUAAUCUCAAAUCCUUAUUUACUGUUAUUACUUCAAAUCAAAUUAUUAUUGAAAAAGAAUUAAGAACUUUUCUAGAAAAUCAUGGAGUUUAUCUGGAUGACAAAAAUAGAGAAUUAUUAAUGAGAAGAUUUGAUAGGAAUCAAUAACAAUACAUUACUUAUAGUGAUUUUCUUAAUGAAAUGCAGCCAAAAUAACCAAAACUUUGA